AUGUACGAAAGCACUAAACCACUAUGCGUUGGUUUCUUCAUUGACGAUGGUUACACAAAAUGUGUCCCCUCCGUGAGACGGGCGCUGUUGGAAGCCAAGGCGUUGCUAGAGAGCAUUGGCUACAAGGUUGUGCCCUUCGAGCCGCCAGAUCUGCUAGACAUGCUGGUCAACUUGUACCUGCCCGCAGUCCUGGGUGACCACUACUUCAAACUGUUGCGGACUUUGUGUGUGGACCGGGUGGACAGCUGUGUGAGGAGAACCUACCUCCUGCUCCAUCUGCCGCACCCAAUCAGGUGGUUGUGGUCUUGGUGGUUCUACAUGCAGAAUCCUGUAAAUUCCUCGUUGCUGGCUGUCAAGUGCCCAAU